CUAGCCCGGUGCGUCUGGCACCUGUUGAUUCCUCUGCGAUUCAUCUUUCAUGUCUAGUACUCUGUUUUCAUGGCAACCGCGGGCUGCGUUGAGAAGUGUACCCUGAGGCCACGGACUCGAUUUGGGGAGAUCAAGCCUGGUCGAGGUACAGGAGACAAAAGAAGAUUUGUUUUACUCUCCGCUCUCUACACGCAGGCCAACAAGGUAGCAUUCCUCCGCUUCAGUACGAAUGGGAACGGGGAGGAAGAAUGCUUUCAGAGUUGGCCAGCACUGUCUGAGAGUUUUUGAAGAACAGAAAAACAGUAGAUCAAGAGGAUUACAAGAGCAGAAUCCAGACGUUAUCAUGCAUUGCUGAUGUAAGCUGAUCUGGGUUCAUUGUCUCUGAUGGAGCUGAAAGUUUGGGUGGAUGGAGUUGUACGAGUGGUUUGCGGCCUGUCAGAGGAGACAUCAUGCCAGGACGUGGUCAUUGCACUCGCCCAAGCCAUUGGCCAAACGGGUCGUUAUGUUCUCAUUCAGAGACUGAGGGACACCGAACGCCAACUUCUGGCCAAUGAGCGCCCACUGGAGUCCCUGGCCAAACUGGGCCAACACAGCAGCGAGGUGCAGUUCUUCCUGCGGCGGACUGGACCCAGUAGCAAUGAAGAGCAGAGUCUGCACAACCGCACCCUCCCUCACUCCAAGCCUCCCACAUCAGAACCCAAACGGGGAUUGCCAAAGAAAUCUUACACCUUCAACUUGGGCCCCUCCAGUUCUCCCCGUGUAAAAACUAAGGACUCUCGUACAACACCGUCUCCUGAACAGAGGGCGUCCCCAGUUCCACACGCGCAGUACCUUCCGGCGCCUUCUAAAGAGGAGGUGCUCCAGCAUGUUCUCCAGCAGCGGGAGCAGCUACGUGCCCUCGAGUCUCGGCUGUUGGCAGUCGACAAGGAAUUCAAGACUUGGGAAGAGUCGUCUGCUGAGGAGUCAUCCCUGCAGGCAGAGAUGGGAGUUUUGGAGAAGACCCUGUGGAGGAACCAGCAGGAGUUGGUGGACGAGGAGUCCUGGGAGGAGGAACUAAGGAUAGAGACCGAAAGGGAGCGCGGGAUGAAGCUCCGUUUAGGAGAGCUGCAUGCUAAACUGGAUGAUUGCGGGCAAAAGUUGCACGAAUUCAACACACGCGCCAUGCAGCUUGAGGAGGAAAUUCAGAGAGAAAUGCUACAGGCGGACAUCUUGCCCACCCAGUCCGAUUCAAAAGACUCUUUGGGGGCAGUCGAGGCAGAUCUUCAAAGUCGACAAAAGCAGGGGGAGGAAUCGAAGGCGGAGCUUUUAGAGCUUGAGAAGGCUUUGGGGAGGGCGGAGACUCUGCUGAAGGCUAAGCAGGAGGAAGUGGAGGAGUUGAAUAAGGAGCUGAGACAGUGUAAUUUACAACAGUUUAUCCAGCAGGCCGGAGCCCUGCCUACUCCAACUCAACCCCGCACAGACCUCGGUGAACACCCAGAACAACUGGACCUGACUCAACAACAGCACGACACACACAAAGACAGUGAUUCGCCCCCACGUCCCACUGCCAAGCAGUUCCUGGGUCACCCGCGCAACCUGCAGCACCCCCUGGUGUCCAGCCUGAACCCUGAGGUCCUGACAUCCAGAGAUUCGUCUUGGCGGUAAUAAAGCUGAAGCACAGGGCUAAGGAUUUAUAAUGACUCUCUGCUUAUAUUCAACUCUGCUGUCGGCUCUAUAACCAUUCAUGUUAUAUAUUCACUGUAUAUAUGAAAUAUAUAUUUACUACUUUUUGGUACCAUUCAAAACAUGUAUUUACUGUAAAAUACCACCAGAGUUUAUCUCGAGAACUUAUACUUUUGUGUACAUAUUUAAGAACAAUAAAGACUGUGCAUUGUGUCUCA